ACAGAAAUGACGGCCGACUGACUGACGUUUGAUUUGGUUGCUUGCUUGUACAAAAUCUCAACUCAUCGCUUUCAUUCGUGGUCAUUGUGUAUUUUCAUAGUAAAUUCGUUAAACGACUAUAAUAACAUGGAUGAAAUUGGCAUUAUUCUACCGGAGAAAGAUGAUUUGGUCACUGACACCAAAGGGCUCUCAAUUACUGGACCACAAUCAUUUGAUGAACUGGAAUCAGAAGAUCUUUACACGAAAUAUAAGAAACUACAACGCAUGUUGGAAUUUCUGGAAGUGCAAGAAGAGUACAUUAAGGAUGAGCAGCGAAACCUGAAGAAGGAGUACUUGCACGCCCAGGAGGAAGUGAAGCGCAUCCAGUCGGUGCCUCUUGUCAUCGGACAGUUCCUUGAAGCCGUUGACCAGAACACCGGCAUCGUUGGCAGCACAACGGGCUCAAACUACUAUGUGCGUAUCCUGUCAACAAUUGACCGAGAGCUGCUAAAACCAUCUGCAUCAGUUGCGUUGCACAAACAUUCUAAUGCCCUGGUGGACGUGCUCCCACCUGAAGCUGACAGUUCCAUCUCUAUGUUACAAGCAGACGAGAAACCCGACGUGCAGUACUCAGACAUCGGUGGCAUGGAUACUCAGAAGCAGGAAAUCAGGGAAGCGGUGGAACUACCCCUGACUCAUGUGGAGCUGUACAGACAGAUCGGUAUCGAGCCUCCACGCGGGGUGCUCAUGUACGGCCCACCUGGCUGCGGCAAGACCAUGCUGGCCAAGGCAGUCGCACACCAUACCACUGCGGCGUUCAUUCGCGUUGUGGGGUCGGAGUUCGUGCAGAAGUACUUGGGCGAGGGCCCGCGCAUGGUGCGCGACGUGUUCCGCCUCGCCAAGGAGAACAGCCCCGCCAUCAUCUUCAUCGACGAGAUCGACGCCAUCGCCACCAAACGGUUUGACGCACAAACAGGCGCUGACAGAGAGGUUCAGAGAAUCCUGCUUGAGUUGCUCAAUCAAAUGGACGGUUUCGACCAAACCACUAACGUAAAAGUGAUCAUGGCGACGAAUCGUGCCGACACCUUGGACCCUGCCCUGCUCAGACCUGGUAGACUAGACAGGAAGAUCGAGUUCCCGUUGCCUGACAGGCGUCAAAAGCGCUUGAUCUUCUCAACGAUCACGGCCAAGAUGAACCUAUCAGAAGAGGUGGACCUGGAGGAGUUCGUGGCGCGGCCGGACCGCGUCUCCGGCGCCGACAUCAACGCCAUCUGCCAAGAAGCCGGCAUGCACGCUGUCAGAGAGAACAGAUAUAUCGUGCUCCCCAAGGACUUCGAAAAGGGAUACAAGAACAAUAUCAAGAAGGAUGAGAGUGAAUACGAGUUCUAUAAAUAAUUCUCCAUGUAUUUGUAUUAUUAACUGUCUGCAACUUAAUUAAAUAAA